UCAAGUUCUGGUUCUUGAAAACCCUAAAUUAAAAAUUUGUUUUUCCCUUUAAAACCCGGAAACAAAGGAAUCUGAAGAUAGACUUUCAUCAAACACACAGUGACAGUCACACAGAAGGAGAUAAAAACUUGUGAGAAAUUCUUGUGCAAACUCCACUAAAAAGAACUAUAAUGAUUCUUGUUAACCCUCUCAACUUCAUCACUUUUUACCAUUCUUCUGGUUCUGUUUCGUCUUGUGCAACCCAUAAAAACACACCAUUCAAAUUCUUACAUUCUCAAGGUACCCACCAAAGAAAUCAUAUUGGGGGGCAGCCAUUAAAAGGGUCUCACUAUAAUCUCAAGAAGCGAGACCCCUUUAAGUUGUUUCAGUCUUUGAGCUCAUCUCGAGUUGAAAGCAACAAGGAGGAGGAGGAAGCUGAGUUGCAGCUGGUGGCAUCGUUUAAGAGUAGAUUUAAUGAUAUAAUGAUUGUGGACACUGCUGAGUCUAGAUUGCUUCUGCUUGAUACUACUUACAAUAUUCACAGCAUUUUUAACAAGGGAGAGAAAUGGACCGGAUGCUAUUGGGAUGAGUUUGCGAGCUUGCCAGCUGUUGUACCUAAUGGUCCUAUUGCAAUAUUUGGCUUGGCUGGAGGAACAGCGGCUCAUCUGAUGCUUGAUUUGUGGCCUUCAUUGCAGCUUGAAGGCUGGGAGAUUGAUGAGAUAUUGAUCGAUAAAGCGAGAGUUUAUCUUGGGUUGUCUGACCUUGAAAAGCACACUAAAGAUGGUGGAAUUGUUCAUGUACAUGUUGGUGAUGCAUUUGCUGCAUCGAUUCCCGGAGGAUAUGCUGGUAUUGUGGUUGACUUGUUCUCUAAUGGGAAAGUCCUGCCAGAAAUGCAUGAGUGUGGAACUUGGUUAGAAAUGAAAGAUAAGUUGAUGCCAAAUGGUCGGAUCAUGGUAAAUUGUGGUGGUAGCGAUGUUGGAGCUCCUGUUUCUGACGAGAGCAGCUGGGAACAAAACUCGACCAUUAAGGCACUAUGCCAGGCAUUUCCUGGAGAAGUAAGCUGGAAGAAAUUAGUAAAUGAAGGAGAAAAUUAUCUCGCACUGACUGGACCUUUGCCGGAUUUGAAUACAUGGUCUACUGAUCUUCCGGAUCAACUGAGCUCAAAUGUGAUGCAGUGGAAAAGUUGUUGCCCGUCCUGAUCAUUGUCAGCGGUUUUUAUAGUUUCCGCUUUAGGCAUAAAUCUGAGCAGAAGGCAGCAAUGCUUUGCUGAUAUAUUCAAAACCAUCCCGUGUUGAAUGACAGAAUAUGACGAUUAUCCUCUAUUCCUUCAAUCAAUUAAGAGCCCUUAGUUUGUUGAUCUUUGAUACAUGAGUAUAAUUGAUCAUUUCUUGUUAAUUUGUAUGGUGUUAACUCUGUGAAACUUUACUUUGGUGUGUGACAGUUGCAACAAGUA